AGAUAAAGAAAUAGGUGUCGAUAAAGGUCGCUGUAAGAAUAAUGUAAUUUUAGAGCUCUGUUGGCGUUCUAGCGUUGAAAUGGUCAAAUACUAGUUUCCCCAUAAAAUACUAAUUUCGCGCCACCGACCCCCAAUAUCUUAAUAUUUACGAACGAAAGUGAAACCUUUUUCCUGUUUCGGAUUAACAUAUAGUUUUGGAUUAAUAAAAUAGCUUCUGCAGAAAAGUAAUGAUAAGGCAAAACAGUUAAAAUUAAUGAUGGAAGAACCAAUAGUAAAAUCAUUAAACACAAAAGAUAGAAUUUCCCGAUGUAUUGAUUGGUUAAAGGAACAGAAUAACCCAAAGAAGCUAUCCUUGCAAAAUAAGAAUGAUAUUCAGUUUAUAAUAGAGACAAAUGCUCACAGGAAGAAAUUUUUUCUCACAGCUGAAGAUGAUGCAACAGUACCUGUUGGUGUUGGUGAAGUUGAAUUAGAGCCAAGAAAUGUGCCUGUCCAAAAGUUGAGACAUGAAAGAUUAUGUUUAGAAUGCGAAUGGCCAUCAUGUCGGGAAUUCUUCUCCAACUAUGUGAUGUUUCAAGCUCAUGUUAGAAGGCAUAUCUCAGAUGUACAUAUUACUAAAAUGGAUGGAAAUGUGUUCUAUCACUGUCUUUGGGAUGUAUGUGGACACAAAUCAUCAGAUCGAGAUCAAAUUAUACGGCACAUCAAUUAUCAUGCAUAUCAUGCUAAAUUACUUGCCAUUGGCUUUAAUGCAAGGGCGACGUUAAAGUUAGAGAGGUGUAAAAAGGAUUCAACCAAACGAAAUCAGUUACCACCACUAUUAGGUGACCAUUGCUGUAUGUGGUAUGGGUGUACUCAGUAUUUUGAUUCUAUACAGGAUUUUUUAGACCACGUUCAAACGCAUAUAGCAUCAUGUUCGCGAGGUCAAGUAAUAUGCUCAUGGGCGGGAUGUGGCGCCGUAUUUGUUGCUAAAGCCCAACUUAGUCGACACGUGCGAGCGCAUACUUUGGAACGGCUUAUUGCCUGCUACCAUUGCGGAACGCAUUUUGCGCUUAAUAGAAAGUUGUCCGACCAUUUGCUGAGACAGAAUGUCGACCCAUCGGCCGGUCACAAAUGUUCGAUUUGCGGCGAAUUCUUCGCUAGCGAUUAUUUGUUACGCGAACAUGUCCGCCGUCACGUCUCUUGUUACGCGUGUUCGUUGUGUGAUAUGUCCCAACCAACGCCCGCCGACUUGGCACAUCACGUGAGGUACAGGCACAUGGCCAGCGAAGAUGUGAGACGGCAUACGUGUCCCGAUUGCGAUUAUAAGGCUGUUACCAAAUAUGAUCUACGCGCUCAUAUAAAAAUUCACAAUCGUAAACGUAAGAGGUCUAGCGACUCAGACUCUGAUUGUGAAGUGAAAAAGCAAAAAAAUACAAAAAAAUACAUUUGCCAUAUAUGUCCUGAUAGUGAACCGACGAUUUUUGCGAGAGGUACAUAUUUAACUAUGCAUUUGGUUAAAGUCCAUGGAGCUCAAUGGCCUUGUGGGCAUAGUAGGUUUAGGUAUCAAAAAUGCGAAGACGGUAUGUUCAGGCUUACAACUACUAGAUUUGAAGUUUUAGAAGUGUCGAAGAAAAUCGUUGACGGUUGUCGCGGGCCCAAUGCUACCCUCUCUAAUAAAUAUGAAUUUAAUAUCAGAAAGGUAGCAGAUUGUACUGCAACUGCUCCAACGCGUUACGAAAUAACCAUAAGAAAUGGCUUGAGACAAACAGACAACCAUGAGACAAUUAAAAAAGUACACAAAGAAGAACAAAAGAUAAAAAGUGAUGUAGGAAGGAAAGAAAUUAAAAAAGAAGAGAAACCUAAAAAGAAAACUGUUGCGCGGAAAAGAACGAAGAAAGAAAAACUUCCAAUAGUGAAGAAGACAAAAUGUAAAACUGUGAUAGAAAAAGAGGAUGUAGAAGACAAUGAAAGAUUAAUGGAACUAGAAACAAAAUCUACAGUUCAGUCAGAAGUAAAUGAACUCUUAAAGAAUGUCAAACAUACAGAAGAUUUAGAAGAUAAUCUUUCAACAGAGAGUAUAAUCAUAGAAUAUAAUGAAAUAUCAAAACAUGAACCUGAAGAUUACGAAUCUUCAAGCGAAGAAAAUACUGAAAUGUAUAUGAAUGGUAUGAAUAAAGAAAAUGAAUGCGAAGUAAAACAACAAAUUGAGGAGCCAAUGAGUAACGCGUUGGAGAUAGAAAUGUGUGACGUCGACGAACAGGGGAAUGUACUGAAUACAGAAGUUAUACAGUCUAAAAUUAUUUAUUCAUAUCUCAAAUAAAGAAUGUCAUUCGAUCAUAAGCCAUUCAUUUUAUGUUGUAUUAAUUGGUAAUAUUUUGAAAUUCGAAUGUAUUGUUCGAAUGCGUAGUACCGUUGGUUUCCAUUUUAAAUAUCACAAAACAAUCAUUUAUUAAUUGCUUCCGUUUGCUAAAAAUUAUUUGAACCGGAAAUUACAUUCAAAAUCUGUUAUAACGACAUCGAAGGGCCAACUCGUAUUAGGUCGUUAAAACCGAUAGUCGUAUCAGCCGAUGACGUUAAGUAGCUAAUACAAUAGAAUGCAGCCGCGGUCUUUGAUUUUGGUUAAUAUUACCGGAAUGUCGUUCUAAACGAUGUCGUCGUAAACGGUUUUGACUGUAUUAUUACGCCACGUGUCGAUGCACAAAUGACGUUUUGAUUUACGUCUGUAGAAGGAAUUAAAUAUGAAAUAAUAUGAUCUAUCAAAAAUUAUUGUUAAAUUACUAAAAAAUAUGUCAAUUAAUGUUCAAUAUGGAACAGAUGUUUGUUGUAAGUACCACUAGGUACUAAAGUAUAUACCUAGCGUCCAAUCACCAAUGCCAAUUGGUUACCUAAUAGCUAGGGAGCUGGGGAGCAAAAUAUCUGUGUUUUGCUCAUGUGGCAACAUGAAAUUUUUAUAUACAUAAAAAAAAACAUCUACAUACAUAAAAAACGUACAUUUCUAUAUACAUAAAAAAAUUUAAAUGCACGCUUGGCGGACCUGCAGUCAUUCUUUCCCCCUGCGAACGACCGCAAUCUGCUCCCUACAAGGCCUGUUUUUCUAUUCAAAGCGCUUCAAAAAUAUUGCUUUAAAAAGCCAAAUGAGGCAAAGGUCACAGGCCCCAGAUAUUCCGAAAACAGAUCAUUCUCAUUUUUGUAUUUCAUUUGUUUACUUUUCAUGUUUUUUUUUUCGGAUCGGAAAACUUAUUAUAUUUGCAGGUCAAUAAAAACAAAUUAAAGAUGGUCAUACUACGAAUAAUCGCAAUAAUUAAGCAUCAUACUUUUCCUCUGAUUCGCGGACUUCAACCAACUGUAAUGGUUAAAGUCAGUAAGUAAAAUGGCUGCCGAUUUUUUUGUAUUCGGAGGGUCUAAGUUAAAUGCUCGCCAGCUUCCUAGCUAUAAUCCAUUACUAUGGAAAUACUAAAUGAUAUAACAAAUGAUUUGCAAACUAUUUAAAUUUUAUAUUUUUCAAAUAAAGUAAGUGCUUGUGAUUGAUUCACUCUUCUGACAAUAUUAUCAAAUUAUAUUUUUAUUUAAUUUCUCUAUAAAUAUUUAGCGGUUUUGGUAGUGGAAUUAAAAUGGACUAAAUAUAAAUAUAAUGUGAUUUAAACUUAGAUUUUAUAAUGUAACUGAAUUUCAUUUAAAAUUUUAGUUUUUAUAUUGUGUAUAUGUCAAAUAGUAGACAACUAAAUGUGAAAUACAGAUGGAAGCGCAUUUGCUCUAGUUUAUGAAUCAAUGUUGCCAUUUGACUGUAAUAUGCGAAAUCUAUUAAGAAUUAUUGAUUCAUCAUACGCCAACAUUGCUCUUCCACCUUUGUUUAUUUUUUUUUCAUUUCCUUUAUUUUUAAGAGCAUUCGUUCUUAUAUUUAAAAAAAUAUGUUUAUAUCCGUUCAAGGAUUAUGUCUCGUAUAUUGUUUCUGGUUUU